AUGCUCGGCCCGGCUAGCGGCCGCCAGCGGCUGCUGGCGGCGUGCGGGGCGGCCGCGUGUGCCUAUGCGGUGCUGUCCUGCGAGCGGCCAUCUGCGUGGGUGGUCAGCUGCUUUGGUGACAGCCAUACAGAGGGUAUCUACGGCGCGCCCUGGGUGCCGACGCUGGAGCGUCGCCUGCGGGUGGAGUGCCGGAACUUCGGGAGGAACGCUUGGACGGCGGCGUCGGUCGCGCGCCGCGCCGACGCCGCGCCCAGCGCUGAGUUCGCCGUGGUCCUGGCCGGGACGAACGAUGUGUUGGAGGUGCAGAUUUUUACGGGCCUUUGA